CCUGGCGGGGGGAGGACAGGGUUGCGGCGGGCGGAACGGUGUCUCCUUCACUUCGCCCUCCAGCUGGGGUAGUUGCACCCUGGCCCUGAGCGAGCCUAGCGGCCUCAGCUGCGAGCGGAGCGGCGGUAGCGGCCCCUCUCAGGAGACCACCAGAUCACCUCUUCCUGUGGCCUCGCCAUGGCGACCUACGGACAGAGCUGCGCGCGGCUGUGUAUUCCUCCAUCAUAUGCUGACCUUGGCAAAGCUGCCAGAGAUAUUUUCAACAAAGGAUUUGGUUUUGGUUUGGUGAAACUGGAUGUGAAAACAAAGUCAUGCAGUGGUGUGGAGUUCUCAACGUCUGGUUCAUCUAAUACAGACACUGGUAAAGUUACUGGAACCUUGGAGACCAAAUAUAAAUGGUGUGAGUAUGGUCUGACUUUCACAGAAAAAUGGAACACUGAUAACACUCUGGGAACAGAAAUCGCAAUUGAAGACCAGAUUUGUCAAGGUUUGAAACUGACAUUUGAUACCACCUUUUCACCAAACACGGGAAAGAAAAGUGGUAAAAUCAAGUCUUCUUACAAGAGGGAAUGUAUAAACCUUGGUUGUGAUGUUGACUUUGAUUUUGCUGGACCUGCAAUCCAUGGUUCAGCUGUCUUUGGUUACGAAGGCUGGCUUGCUGGGUACCAGAUGACUUUUGACAGUGCCAAAUCGAAGCUGACAAGAAAUAACUUUGCAGUGGGCUACAGGACUGGGGACUUCCAACUACACACUAAUGUCAAUGAUGGGACAGAAUUUGGAGGAUCAAUUUAUCAAAAAGUAUGUGAAGAUCUUGACACUUCAGUAAACCUUGCUUGGACAUCAGGUACCAACAGCACUCGCUUUGGCAUUGCAGCCAAAUAUCAGUUGGAUCCCACUGCUUCCAUUUCUGCAAAAGUCAACAACUCUAGUUUAAUUGGAGUGGGCUACACUCAGACUCUGAGGCCUGGUGUCAAGCUUACACUGUCUGCUCUGGUAGACGGGAAGAGCAUUAAUGCUGGAGGCCACAAAUUGGGCUUGCCCUGGAGUUGGAGGCUUAAUCCAAUUGAAAGAAACCUCUGGGAAUGGAUAUCAGAAGAUUUGGCCUUAAUAUAUUUCCAGUGUGACCAGCAGGCUUUCCCUCCCCCCAAGAAGGUGAUCAAAACAAAGGAUGAUCUAAACAAGAGCUGUAUUUUAAAUAUUUAGACAGUCACUUGUUAGCUGGUUCCUAGUUGAAUUGGUUAUCUAGUUACCAAUGCUGCAGUGGUGCAGUCACCUAUACAUUAUUUAAAUGUAUUUAACUGUUAAAUGCGCUACCCACCAAUAAUGAAAUAGACCUUUAUGAAAACUGUGCAA